AUGAAAACGAAACAACCAGAAAAUGAUGAAAUUAAAGAGUAUUAUGACUGUAGGUAUAUAUCUGCGUGUGAAGCGUCUUGGAGGAUUUUUUCUAAUGAAGUUAAUUAUAGGAGUCCUUCUGUUAUGCGUCUUCCUUUCCAUCUUCCUGGACAACAAACAGUUUGUUUCGGUCCUGAUGAAGAUAUUAAUCAAGUGCUAAACAAACCAUCUGUGAACUCAUCAAUGUUUUUAGCUUGGAUGCAACGUAAUCAAGAUCCUAACGACCAUGUUGCACGUACACUAACAUACGUACAGUUUCCGCGUUUUUAUGUUUGGAAGCUUGACAAGCGUAUAUGGGUUCCGAGAAUAAAAGGAAAAACAAUUGGAAGAAUUCAUUCCGUUUCUCCUUCUACCGGUGAAGCGUACUAUUUAAGAAUUCUUCUUAACAAAGUUAAAGGACCAACAUCGUUUGAUGAUAUUAAAACAGUUAAUGGUCGAGUGUACGAUACUUUUAGAGAUGCUUGCUAUGCGCUGGGUUUGUUGGAUGACGACUCUGAGUAUAUUGAGGCCAUCAAAGAAGCAAAUAUAUCAGGUAGUGCAGAUUCUCAAAGUAUCAUCGUUGUUUCAGGUUUAUCAAUUCCUGAUGAGCAACUAAAGAACUACGUUUUAUGCGAAAUAGAGAAGUUUUUAACUCGGAAUAAUUCAUCGCUUCGGAGAUUUUUAUCAAUGCCUUACCCGGAUACUUCAUCUUUAGAUAACUUUCGCUGCCGAUUGAUUAACGAAGAGCUUGCUUAUGACAGAACAGAGUUACAAAAUGUUUAUCAAGGUCAGUUCAUGGAAACAAUGGAGGAGUAUUUUUUGUUUACGGUUAUGGCGGGACCGAUUGUAUUAAACGUUGCAUCUAGCGGAAUUGCAUCAUUGCUGUUGGAGGGAGGAAGAACGGCUCAUUCUAGGUUUCAUAUACCUUUGAAUCUUAAUGAGGAUUCCGUUUGUCAUAUAAAACCAGACGAUGAUGUAGCUAAAUUACUACAGCAGACCAAACUCGUUAUAUGGGAUGAAGCUCCUAUGGUUCAUAAACAUGCAUUUGAGGCUUUGGAUAGAACUAUGCAUGACAUUUUCAAUAUAUCUAAUCCAUCCAGGUCUGAUGUUUUAUUUGGAGGGAAGGUGAUUGUAUUUGGUGGUGAUUUUAGGCAAAUACUACCUGUUGUUCCAAACGGUGGACGUCAAGAAAUUGUGAAUGCCUCAUUAUGUUCUUCUUUAUCUGUGGAGUAA